AUGAAGGUGGAGAAGGACCUUCACAUGUCCACAGGCGACGGAGCCAACAGCUACGCUGCCAACUCCAGGAUCCAAAAGAGGGCACUACUGAUGACCAAACCAGUGCUUCAGAAGGCCAUACAAGACAUGUACACGUCGUCGAUCUCCAGCCGGAGCACGGUGGUUGUCGCCGACCUCGGCUGCUCAUCGGGGCCGAACACGCUGCUCGUCGUCGAUGAGGUGAUGAGCACACUCCGGGAUUGCGCCCGUGAGGAGGAAACGACAGAUGAAGACGACCGGCGUUCCAUGCAAGUGCAGUUCUUCCUGAACGAUCUGCCUGGCAACGACUUCAACCUCGUCUUCCGGUCACUGCAGCAGUUGCAGGACUUCGAUGUGGAGGAGGAAGACGAGACGGUGGCGCUUCCUUGCUACGUUGCUGGGCUUCCGGGGUCUUAUUACAGGAGGCUUUUCCCGUGCCAAAGCGUCCAUCUCUUCCACUCGUCCUACAGCCUCAUGUGGCGCUCCAAGGUACCUGACGAUCUGUCAAAUGGAACUUAUCUGAAUGAAGAAAACAUUUACAUUGGGAAGACUACUCCACCGAGUGUGGUAAAACUGUUCCAAGAACAAUUUCAGAAGGACUUCAAGUUGUUCCUCACACUGCGGUGCAAAGAACUUGUUGGUGGUGGUCGUAUGGUUCUGACAUUUCUGGGCCGAAAGACUGAAGAGAUGUUGACGCACGGUGAAGUGGGCAGCAUGUUUGAAUUGCUUGCCAAAGCUCUCCAGUGUUUGGUCCAAAAGGGUCUGGUGGAAAAGGAGAAAAUGAACUCCUUUAACCUUCCAUACUACGCACCAUCAGUGGAUGAAGUAAAGGCGUUGAUUGAGGAGGAGCUCUUUGACAUCGAAAACAUAAGACUCUACGAGAACAACUGGGAUCCCCUUGACGACUCAGGCAGCGAUGUGGUGCUUGAUUGUGCCAGCAGUGGUAGAAAUGUCGCCAAUAAGAACAUAAGGGCAGUGAUGGAGCCUCUGAUCAUCAACCACUUCGGUGAGGCCAUACUUGACGAACUGUUCAUGGUGUUUGCCGCCUUGGUUGCAAAAUACCUCGAGAUAAGGAAUGCCAAGUACCCUGUCAUUGUUGUAUCCUUGAAGAAGGUCAGGCAUUGAAUUGACCUCAGGAAUAUAUAACGUGGUGUGCAUAUAUACAAUGUUAAUCUUUAAGCACCGGAGA